AACCCACUGUUAGUUAAGACUUUGCAGAAAAGACACAUAUUUGACCUGCCGGCGAGUCAUGUGCAAUUGCAGAAAACUUGUCGUCGAUUCACUGAUGAGCUCCUUGCUCAACGAGCCAGUAUGUUUGAUAAAGAGGGGAAAUUCCCAACGGAUGCAGUUCGACAAAUCGGUCAACUGGGCCUUAUGAGCAUGCUUGUUCCGGAGGAAUACGGUGGUUCCGGAAUGAAUUACCUGGCCUACGUUAUCGCGCUGGAAGAGAUCAGCCGAGGCUGUGCGUCUGUUGGCUGUAUCAUGUCUGUGCAGAACUCGUUAUUUUUCACUCCGCUGUUGAAGUAUGGAUCCUCGGCACAGAUCAAUGCCUACUUGGGACCAUUUCUGACUGGUGAAAAACUCGGCUGUUUUGCCCUUUCAGAGCCCGGGAAUGGAAGUGAUGCGGGUGCGGCAUCCACAAUGGCCAAACGUGAAGACAGUAGUUGGAUGCUAAAUGGAACCAAGGUUAGAAAAAUUUUGUACAAGUAG